CCAUUGGCUGUCACACUAAUCAGCAGCGGGACAUGAGGACAGCGUGUUGAUAGCUCAGACAUUAAAAGCAGGUUGAUAGCUAUUCUUAUAAACCUUUAUUUGCAUCAUCGUCUAAUCUUAAUUGCUGUUUUAAUUAAUCCGCUUUAUAGACCGGGCUUUGUGUGUAGUUUUUGCGACGGGAACCAUGUUUUUGUGUCGUGGAGCGAGGCUGUCGGCGACGGCUUUGGAGCUGAGUUUAAACUCCACGACACGGGCAGCGUUGCAAGCAGCGGCGCAACUUAAAACAAACAGACCAGCUGACAUUACCUGGCCAUUGCGUAACAACAGCAAUACAUUCAAUUGCUCCCGAGGGUUUUGUGGAUAUAUCGGUGAUGGUGGUUGGGAUGAUUCUGCACUUUCGCCUGAUGUAAAGAGGGAGAAGGACAUGUUUUCCGUUAAAAACUGGGACUCUGUUCGUUUCAUAAUCACGCAUCGGGAACAAUUACCUCGAGGAACCCUGUUCGCUUUGAAUUUCUCCAACAAAACGAUUUUCAGCCCUACAUAUUGUAACACUAGCUUACUGCUUUAUCGGAGGAAUGGAGGCCAAAACAGACAGAAACUACAUGUAGAUGGACUUGAAGCUGUUUUGUUUACGUCUGGCGCGAAGGUCUGCAAGCAUCGCUUCUAUCCCACAUCGACUGUGCAAAUGAGGGAUCUAUCCUCUGUUGCUGCCGCACCAAAACGCCUGGAAGACUCGGCCGCAGAUCUCAAAGAGGUAAAUUAAACUUUGAAUGGUAUUUGUUUAACCUCCGUGACACCGAAUUGAACCAUGUUUGACCAGCAAUCAAGCCCCACUUAGUUAUACCAAACAAUUCGACCAUGAACCCGCGCAGGGUUUCGUGUCGAGUCAACUGUUGCUGGUUCUCUGCCUGUUGUUUUUAUAAAUGACACAGCAAUUACAUUUCCAAAACGAUUGAAAUACUAGUUUGCUACAAGUAAAUGGCGUACUCCACAUUUAUAAAGGCAGUCAGGUACAUUGCAGCUACGUUAUGCAAGUAACAUGACGCGCAGACACUGAGCUCUGCUCUGUUCACGUGAUGUCGGCCUAACAUCUUAAUCAGAAUGGACAGAAUAGGGCUAAUGCUGUCCGAAUGGGGUUGUAACUGAUAGCUUGCUAUAGGUAGCUUUGUGUACAAAAGGCUAUAAUCAAUUAUUGGAUACAUCUAUCAGGAAGCUUAAAACUACUCUGGAUGUUGUAUAACUUAUGAAUCUUCAUUUCACAGUACUGCAAUGUCCUACUUCUAUUCAGUUGUCCAAUGUUCGCCAUAUAUAGGUUGUGUUCGUAAAUUCAAUCUGGAGUGCCAGAGUGUGCUCUGGACGUUCGUAAAUUCAGAGUGCUGUCGGAUUGUCCAUUCGUAAAUUCUGAGCAUUUCGCUCUCGGAGCGUUCAGAACGCACACUGGACGCUCAGGCCGAGGAGUUGCGUUGUGACCUCAACCGCAGUCAAGCACUCAAGCUAACUGGCUAAAGUUAGCUAGCUUGCUAGCUAUUUCUAGACACAAAUGAGUGAACACCUCACUCUGACCAUUUUACUCGCCCUAGCAGAGCUGUUUAGGCUAUUUUCAUGUUACACAGAUCGUUGGUGACUGUAACUGUGCUGCUGGCAACAAUUUAAUUACGCUUUUUUUUGCCGACGUUUACUGACACCCGCCAUAUUCAACGGGUGUUGAGCGUUCGUAAAUUCAUCAGUUAUUCUGCGCUCUCUGGGACACUCUGACGAGAGUGCUCUGAAAUCGGAGUAGAUAGCCAGAGCGAAUUUACGAACGCAUCCAUUGGCUACGGCAGUUUCUAAAACCGUUCUAUCCAUGACAUGGCAAUACAUGCCUUUUCCCUCUGACUCAGUCAAGCACUACUCGUCUAUUAUGGCUAAAUCUGUAAUAAAUUAUGAGGAUGGGACGCACUCUUGGGAAAAAUCGAGUAUAUUCUUAUUUUAAUAAAAAAUCAUAUCGGGAAACAAAUGGUCAAACUAUCACAUUGUAAACAAGAAAAUAAUACAUUUCCCUGUUCUGAAAACAGUAGGAACAUUGUGACAAGUUCCUGACUCAUCAUUAUAAAGGAAAAGCUGUCUUUGUGGACAGAUUGAAAUAAACACUCUGUUCUGUUAAUGACUGCUGUGAGAUCCAUGGUGAAGACUUUGGCCGGAAGACCCUGCAAUGUAUAGGCCUAAUUUGCAUGAUUUCUAACACAUCUAUAACACUGCAACAUUCUGCUGUAAGUUCAUGACAUAAGAGGGCUUAGCUAAUGCUGUUUUUUUUUUUUUUACCUCUGCCCUCUGAUUCCAAGUAGCAGAUGUGCUAGUGAGGGUGGCGGGCUGGGGCGGUGCUGUGUGUUUGUCUGCCGUCUGCAGCCUCUCAAAGGCUGUUAUCACACACAGAGCCCCUCUGUUCUCGUCUCCUCCCUGGUACAACUCCCUAUAGCCACUCACUCACAUGACCUUCCUACUGCUGCUCCCUGCCUGCUCUGCUCGGUUCCUCUCUGGCUUGGCAAGCAGUCCUCUCUCGCUCUCUGGCCUUUGUCUAUUGUUGGAGAAGCUUGUGGUGCAUCACUGCACUAGCCUAGCCUCACCCCGUGUUUGGGUCAAAAUAGAAAAACAACAGAGGAGUAGGGAAAGGGAGAGAGCCAUAUGGCUAUAUUUUAGGGCUCAGUUGAAAAAUGCUUAGAGGACAUUUUAGCAGGGCGAUUCGGAUGACGGAUUGUAAAAAAUAUUUCUGAAAUUAUAGUGCGGGUGAAGCGGGCUGUGCCUAGUUAUUUCCUGCUCUUGCUGUGGCAGCCGCUUCUAGAUUCCUAUUGGUCAUUAUAACAUUACAUCACCAAUCAUCUGUUGGUGUCCAUUGCAGUAUGCCUACUCCAGAGUCAUCUAUUACAAUGAUGUGUGUUUACUGGAGCCUAAAGAGCAGCUAGUCCAUGUACUACUCCCCAUACAUGCUGCCCUGCGUGGUGAGACGCUUUGGCAAUACGUACAGUGCGUUCGGAAAGUAUUCAGACCCCUUUACUUUUUCCACAUUUUGUUACGUUACAGCCUUAUUCUAAAAUUGAUUAAAUUGUUUUUUUCCCCCUCAUCAAUCUACACACAAUACCCCAUAAUGACAAAGGAAAAUCAGGUUUUUAGAAUAAAACCUCAUAUCACAUUUACAUAAGUAUUCAGACCUUUUACUCAGUACUUUUGUUGAAGCACCUUUGGCAGCGAUUACAGCCACGGGUCUUCUUGGGCAUGACGCUACAAGCUUGGCACACAUGUAUUUGGGGAGUUUCUCCCAUUCUUCUUUGCAGAUCCUCUCAAGCUCUGUCAGGUUGGAUGGGGAGCGUCCCUGCACAGCUAUUUUCAGGUCUCUCCAGAGAUGUUCGAUCGGGUUCAAGUCCGGACUCUGGCUGGGCCCCUCAAGUAUAUUCAGAGACUUGUCCUGAAGCCGCUUCUGCAUUCCCUUGGCUGUGUGCUUAGGGUCGUUGUCCUGUUGGAAUGUGUACAUUCGCCCCAGACUGAGGUCCUGAGCGCUCUGGAGGGUCUCUGUAUUUUCCUCGAUCCUGACAAGUCUCCCAGUCCCUGCCGCUGAAAAACAUCCCCACAGCAUGAUGCUGCCACCAUGCUUCACCGUAGGGAUGGUGCCAGGUUUCCUCCAGAUGUGACGCUUGGCAUUCAGGCCAAAGAGUUCGAUCUUGGUUUCAUCAGACCAGAUAAUCUUGUUUCUUAUGGUCUGAGUCCUUUAGGUGCCUUUUGGCAAACUCCAAGUGGGCUGUCAUGUGCCUUUAACUGAGGAGUGGCUUCCGUCUGGCCACUCUACCAUAAAGGCCUGAUUGGUGGAGUGCUGCAGAGAUGAGAGAACCUUCCAGAAGGACAACCAUCUCAACGAAGUGCCUUGGUCAUGGAGGUGACCAAGAACCUGAUGGUCACUCUGACAGAGCUCCAGAGUUAUUCUGUGGAGAUGGGAGAACCUUCCAGAAGGACAACCAUCUCUCCAGCACUCCACCAAUCAGGCCUUUAUGGUAGAGUGGCCAGACGGAAGCCACUCCUCAGUAAAAGGCACAUGACAGCCUGCUUGGAGUUUGCUAAAAGGCACUUAAAGACUCUCAUACCAUGAGAAACAGAAAGAUUGAACUCUUUGGCCUGAAUGCUAAGCGUCGCGUCUGGAGGAAACCUGGCACCAUCCCUACGGUGAAGCAUGGUGGUGGCAGCAUCAUGCUGUGGUUUUCAGCGGCAGGGACUGGGAGACAAGUCAGGAUCGAGGGAAAGAUGAAUGGAGCAAAGUACAGGGAACUCCUUGAUGAAAACCUGCUCAGAACCUCAGACUGGGGCGAAGGUUCACCUUCCAACAGGACAAUGACCCUAAGCACACAGCCAAGACAACGCAGGAGCGGCUUCGGGACAAGUCUCUGAAUAUCCUUGAAUGGCCCAGCUAGAGCCCGGAAUUGAACCCGAUCAAACAUCUCUGGAGAGACCUGAAAAAACCUGUGCAGCGACGCUCCCCAUCCAACCUGACAGAGCUUGAGAGGAUCUGCAGAGAAGAAUGGGAGAAACUCCCUAAAUACAGGUGUGCCAAGCUUGUAGCGUCAUACCCAAGAAGACUCGAGGCUGUAAUCGCUAGCCAAAGGUGCUUCAACAAAAUACUGAAGAAAGUGUCUGAAUACUUAUGUAAAUGUGAUAUUACAGUUUCUUAUAAUAAAUGUGUGAAAGAUUAUACAAACCAGUUUUUGCUUUGUCAUUAUGGGGUAUUGUGUGUAAAUUGAUGAGGAGAAAAAAAGAAUUUAAUCAAUGUUAGAAUAAGGCUGUAACGUAAUAAAAUGUGGAAAAAGUCAAGGGGUCUGAAUACUUUCUGAAUGAACUGUACAUCUGAUGUUACCUUUUAUUUUCUGACUCAUCGGCUGAGGCUCACACUUCAUAGUCCGUUUUCAAAAAUGUUAUUGAGUCUCAACUAAUACAAAGACAGUUUUCUAUUUUACAUACAUUCUAUUACUAUUAUUUUAUUUGACUAUUUUAUAUGUGGAGCCAGUGUUGACAUUCCUUGUCCAGGGCUCACUUUAAAAAUAGUCAAUCUCAAUGUGACGUCCCUGAGUUUAAUUAAAGGAUAAAUAAAAAAUCUCUCUCUCUCUGACCCAACCAGGACCAGACUCCAAAGGAAGCCUCAGCCAAGGGCCCUGAGGAGCCCAAGGUACCGGAGCCUGAAGAGGACAAACCUAGCAAGACCCAGCAGCUGAAGAAGGUGUUUAAGGAGUACGGAGCAGUUGGAGUCUCCUUCCACAUAUGCAUCUCCCUCAUGUCUCUGGGAAUGUUCUACCUCGCUGUGUCCAGGUACUGUAUGAAGCAAGGCUUCAACAUUGUUUGUCACAUGUAAAAACUUUCCAUUUGUCUACGCAGUCGACACGGCUCUGUUGAUCCAAGCUGUUUGAGGCCUUACUUUGAUUUUGUGAACUUCUGUAGCACUUUAAGCACACUGCAUUGUCAUUGUCAAGGCCUUCUACUGAUGGUGGAAUGACUAUAGGAGAAGGCCUUCUACUGAUGGUGGAAUGACUAUAGGAGAAGGUCUUCUACUGAUGGUGGAAUGACUAUAGGAGAAGGUCUUCUACUGAUGGUGGAAUGACUAUAGGAGAAGGUCUUCUACUGAUGGUGGAAUGACUAUAGGAGAAGGUCUUCUACUGAUGGUGGAAUGACUAUAGGAGAAGGUCUUCUACUGAUGGUGGAAUGACUAUAGGAGAAGGUAUUCUACUGAUGGUGGAAUGACUAUAGGAGAAGGUCUUCUACUGAUGGUGGAAUGACUAUAGGAGAAGGUCUUCUACUGAUGGUGGAAUGACUAUAGGAGAAGGUCUUCUACUGAUGGUGGAAUGACUAUAGGAGAAGGCCUUCUACUGAUGGUGGAAUGACUAUAGGAGAAGGCCUUCUACUGAUGGUGGAAUGACUAUAGGAGAAGGCCUUCUACUGAUGGUGGAAUGACUAUAGGAGAAGGUCUUCUACUGAUGGUGGAAUGACUAUAGGAGAAGGCCUUCUACUGAUGGUGGAAUGACUAUAGGAGAAGGCCUUCUACUGAUGGUGGAAUGACUAUAGGAGAAGGCCUUCUACUGAUGGUGGAAUGACUAUAGGAGAAGGCCUUCUACUGAUGGUGGAAUGACUAUAGGAGAAGGUCUUCUACUGAUGGUGGAAUGACUAUAGGAGAAGGUCUUCUACUGAUGGUGGAAUGACUAUAGGAGAAGGUCUUCUACUGAUGGUGGAAUGACUAUAGGAGAAGGUCUUCUACUGAUGGUGGAAUGACUAUAGGAGAAGGUCUUCUACUGAUGGUGGAAUGACUAUAGGAGAAGGUCUUUUACUGAUGGUGGAAUGACUAUAGGAGAAGGUCUUCUACUGAUGGUGGAAUGACUAUAGGAGAAGGUCUUCUACUGAUGGUGGAAUGACUAUAGGAGAAGGCCUUCUACUGAUGGUGGAAUGACUAUAGGAGAAGGCCUUCUACUGAUGGUGGAAUGACUAUAGGAGAAGGCCUUCUACUGAUGGUGGAAUGACUAUAGGAGAAGGUCUUCUACUGAUGGUGGAAUGACUAUAGGAGAAGGCCUUCUACUGAUGGUGGAAUGACUAUAGGAGAAGGUCUUCUACUGAUGGUGGAAUGACUAUAGGAGAAGGCCUUCUACUGAUGGUGGAAUGACUAUAGGAGAAGGCCUUCUACUGAUGGUGGAAUGACUAUAGGAGAAGGCCUUCUACUGAUGGUGGAAUGACUAUAGGAGAAGGUCUUCUACUGAUGGUGGAAUGACUAUAGGAGAAGGCCUUCUACUGAUGGUGGAAUGACUAUAGUAGAAGGCCUUCUACUGAUGGUGGAAUGACUAUAGGAGAAGGCCUUCUACUGAUGGUGGAAUGACUAUAGGAGAAGGCCUUCUACUGAUGGUGGAAUGACUAUAGGAGAAGGCCUUCUACUGAUGGUGGAAUGACUAUAGGAGAAGGCCUUCUACUGAUGGUGGAAUGACUAUAGGAGAAGGCCUUCUACUGAUGGUGGAAUGACUAUAGGAGAAGGCCUUCUACUGAUGGUGGAAUGACUAUAGGAGAAGGCCUUCUACUGAUGGUGGAAUGACUAUAGGAGAAGGUCUUCUACUGAUGGUGGAAUGACUAUAGGAGAAGGCCUUCUACUGAUGGUGGAAUGACUAUAGGAGAAGGCCUUCUACUGAUGGUGGAAUGACUAUAGGAGAAGGCCUUCUACUGAUGGUGGAAUGACUAUAGGAGAAGGUCUUCUACUGAUGGUGGAAUGUAGGAAAAAUACAUUGUUAGUUAGACUGUGUCUGCUGUGGGCCCAUGGCCCGGUUAUGUGACUGUCUGUAGCUGUGGGCCCAUGGCCCGGUUAUGUGAGCCCCACCUCUGACUGACUUCCUGCUGGCUCUCUACUGGCUCUGUGCCAGCCCAGUAGGCUGCAUAACAGAGGGACUGAGCCCAGAUUAUCAAACAGCUCCCAGACUUCCUCUGAUGGCAGUAAUGGCCCUUGGACUCGACACCCUCCUGGCCCGCAUGGCGCUCCCAGUUCACUAUCAACCCAGAUAAUCAGUGUGGGAGAGACAUGGGGCAUUCUGAAACGGCACCCUAUAGUGCUGUGUUAGUACAUUGCAGUGCACAAUGUAGGGAAUAGGAAGCCAUUUCAGAUGUCGCCGUGUUAAAUGGAAGUGUAUAGUGGCAUUCUAAUGGGCUGAACAAAUAGUUUUUCUGCAUGUUUUUAUUUAAUGAAAGUUAAUGAUAAAAUCAUCUUUGUAAAAGUGUCUUCAGCAUGGUACAUGUGAUUUUAAUUGAUGUCCAACAUUUCUUCUUUACAAUUUGUCAUUUCUGAAAUUAUUGAACACUAACCAUGAAACACUAUCUCAGUGGUAAGAUUAUAUGGUUCCUUCUAGUGGACAAAUGUGUUAUAUUUCUCUCCAAUAACCCCUGUGUGUGUCAUUCCUCUCCACAGUGGGAUUGACAUGGCUGCCAUCCUGUACAAGAUAGGUUUCAGUGAAUCUCUGCUUCAGUCCAAGUUGGCGGCGGGGACCAGUACGUUUGUCUUGGCGUACGCCGUCCACAAGCUCUUUGCUCCUCUCCGUAUCAGCAUCACUCUGGUGUCGGUGCCUCUCCUCGUACGGUACCUCAGAAAGACUGGCCUCUUCAAGACCCCCAACUCACCCACACCCUGAUUGGCAGAGACCACCACCUC